GGGGAAGUGAAAGCACUAGUCUCCCUCUUCGUGUGACUCUAUCCCAUCCCAUUGUGGGGUUUUGGUAUACGGGUUACCUUUGAGUUCUUCUGAUGCUGCGUGAUAGUGAGAUGUGCAGUUUUUGUCACUGGUUCCCUGGACAAAAUUAUGAGACUAGCUUAUUGCCACGCAGGCAAGGCAUAGUUUGUAGAUUCCUUCAGGUCCCAUAUGAUGACCAGCUGGAUUUUGGGGUCGGGCUACUGAAGAUAGACAAGAAUAGGACAAGUCAGACAGAAGCAUCCUGAGGACCCUGAGCCAUGGAUCAGUGCUGGUACCAUGGGAACAUCACUCGCUCCAAGGCUGAGGACCUGCUUUCCAAAGUGGGUAAGGAUGGCAGCUUCCUCGUACGGGCCAGUGAAUCAAUCCCCUCAGCGUAUGCGCUGUGUGUGCUGUUCCAGAACUGCGUGUAUACAUACAGGAUUUUACCUAAUAAAGAAAAUAAGCUAAUUGUCCAGGCCUCAGAAGGUGUCCCAGUGAAGUACUUCGACACCCUGGAGGAGCUGAUAGAAUUUUACAAGAAGGAGUAUAUGGGACUGGUAUGGCACCUCAAAUAUGCAGUGCAGCGAGAAGAGGAAGAUGCAGGCGAUGAACCAGAGGAGGAUGCAGACCCUGUACCUACCCCACCUCUGUUACCCCCACGGAAUUUCCUCGUGGUCCUACCACCAAGCGAGACAAAGGAAGUUUCUCCUCUGAAUGAGACCUCCAGGGUGCCAGAAAUCAGCAAGAUGUCCCUUUCUGAAACACUCCUUCAGCGACUGCAAUACCAGGACACCAGCAGUGUCUCUGAAGAGCACCUGAAGCUCAUCCAGGAUUACUUGCGGGUUCACAUUACCAGUGACUUGGAAAUGGUGCAGACAGGCUCCUGCAGCCUCCCACAGCUAAAGAAGUUGCUCACAGCCAUCUGCAAAGGGCUGUUCAGCGAGGCAUCACGGACUCUUCCUUCCCUGGAGUCCAUACAGAAGGUGUUUGACCAGCAGCUGCACCCAGGUCUCCAUCAGCGGCCGCAGUUGCUUGGUGAAGCCAGUCCAGUCAAUGUUGUACUGAAGCUCAAUCAGCUGAUUUCUUUGCUGUCCUCCAUUGAAGACAAGGUGAAAACAUUGUUGAUUGAAGGUCCUGAUUCAACACACCGGCGUUCCCUCAUCCCUCCCAUAACCUUUGAGGUGAAAGCAGAUUCACUAGGAAUUUCCCCUAAAAUACACCUGAAGGUUGAUGUGGAGAUGGGGAAGCUGAUUAUCAAGAGAGCAAAGGAUGGUCCAGAAGACAAGUUCUACAACCAGAAGAAAAUCCUGCAGCUCAUCAAGUCCCAGAAGUUCCCUAACAAACUGGUGAUUGUGCUGGAGACUGAAAAAGAGAAAACACAGCGGAAGGAAUAUGUGUUUUCUGACUCCAAGAAGAGAGAAGGGUUCUGCCAGCUUCUACAGCAAAUGAAGAAUAAACACUCUGAGCAACCAGAGCCUGACAUGAUAACCAUCUUCAUUGGGACCUGGAACAUGGGUGCGGCGCCUCCACCAAAGAAGAUCACAUCCUGGUUCCUUUCUAAAGGGCAGGGAAAGACCCGGGAUGACACAGCUGACUACAUCCCCCAUGACAUCUAUGUGAUUGGCACACAGGAGGAUCCCCAAGGGGAGAAGGAAUGGCUGGAGAUUCUGAGACAAUCUUUACAGGAAAUCACCAGUAUCAGCUUUAAAGUGAUCGCGAUCCAUACACUCUGGAACAUCAGGGUUGUUGUCUUGGCCAAGCCAGAACAUGAGAACCGGAUAAGCCAUAUCUCCACAGACAAUGUAAAAACAGGAAUUGCAAACACGCUGGGUAAUAAAGGAGCUGUGGGGGUGUCAUUCAUGUUUAAUGGAACCUCCUUCGGGUUUGUUAACAGCCAUUUGACUUCAGGAAGUGAAAAGAAGCACAGACGAAACCAAAACUACACAAGCAUUCUGCGUUUCCUGACACUGGGAGAUAAGAAGCUAAGUCCAUUUAACAUCACUCACCGCUUUACACAUCUCUUCUGGCUGGGAGACUUGAACUACCGGGUGGACCUUCCUACAACGGAAGCAGAGAAUAUUAUCCAGAAAAUCAGACAGCAGCAGUAUCCAGAGUUGUUGCCAUUUGACCAGCUUCUCAUGGAGAGGAAGGACCAGAAGGUCUUUCUGCAGUUUGAGGAAGAAGAGAUCACAUUUGCUCCAACCUAUCGCUUUGAAAGAGGUACCCGGGAGAAGUAUGCCUACACAAAACAGAAAGCCACAGGGAUGAAGUACAAUUUGCCCUCCUGGUGUGACAGAGUGCUCUGGAAAUCAUACCCUAUGGUGCAUGUGGUCUGCCAGUCCUAUGGCUGCACCAGUGAUAUCAUGACAAGUGACCACAGCCCUGUCUUUGCUACUUUUGAAGUUGGGGUCACCUCACAGUUUGUCUCAAAGAACGAUUCCAAGUACACAGACUCCCAGGGGGAGAUAGAGUUUCUACAUUGCUCUGCUACUCUGAAGACAAAGUCUCAGACCAAAUUCUACAUUGAGUUCCACUCUAGCUGCUUAGAAAGCUUUGUAAAGAGCCAGGAAGGUGAAAAUGAAGAUGGGAAUGAAGGGGAACUGGUGGUGAAAUUUGUUGACACCCUUCCUAAGCUGACUCCAAUUAUUUCAGACCCAGAGUAUCUGCUGGACCAGCACAUCCUGAUCAGCAUUAAGUCAUCAGACAGUGAUGAAUCGUAUGGUGAAGGCUGCAUUGCCCUGCGAAGAGAAGCUACAGAAUCACUAGUUCCCUUCCAUACUGUGCUUACCCACCAUGGGGAGAAAACAGGGGUCUUCCAAGGUGAAGUCAAGUUACAGACAUCUCAAGGAAAACAGAGAGAGAAACUAUAUGACUUUGUGAAGAUUGAACGUGAUGAGACCAUCGGGCAGAAGCCAAAGGGUGCCAGCAGCCUGGAUCCCACCAAAGACUGGGACCAAACUAACAGAAAAUCCAAAUCUACUCACUUGAUGGCCAAAGAAGCAGCAGCUGUUGCUCGCUUUUGGGGAAGUGCUUCCACUUUGCCAGAUACACAGAGCAAGGAAGACAUGUUACGUUCCACCCCGACAGACAUCAAUAAUCCCAACUAUAUGGGGAUGGUGUCCUUCUCCCAGCAACAGUCUGCACCCAGCCAGCUUAAGCAGACUUCUUCAUCAGACCAGCCCCCUGCCCUGUGGAACUAUGAGCAGCAGCCCAAAGAGAACGCCUCUGCAGUGGGACAAAAGGAGUCCUCUUCUACACCUCCCUCCCAGUCACCCCUCUCUCCAAAAGCACCCGUUCUGUCUACAACAAGCCGGAGUUCUGCUUCCAGGAGUCAAGAGCAUCUGCCAGCUGAAGUGGGGAAAAUCAUGGCAGAAUCUUUGCUUCAAGAGGAAGGACAGCAGAAGCCAGAGAUGUUUGACAACCCACUCUAUGGCUCCAUGAGCUGCAAGGGGAAGGUGAUGUCAAAGAAGGAGCCCUUGAGGAAGGAGCACGCUGCCACCUCAGAUCCGAGCUUCCUUCUCACAAAGUCACAAGAGACUGAGAGCAGCAAGUCUUCCAGCAAGCAGCAGUCCCCACCUUUCUUGGUUCCCAUGUCGAGAUUCCGCUCCUACACCUGUUCUGGCCAGUCUGAGGAAAAGACUAUGAAUGAAAAGGUUCAGGGCAAGCAAAAGUCUGCCAUAUCUUUAGAAAACCCAGCACCACUUAAGAAACCAGUCAAGCCAUCAAGGUCUGAAAUAGGGCCAAGCAAUCAGGGACAAGUCAACAAACCUCCUCUUCCCACGAAGAGCCGAGCAGUACUGGACAUGCAGAACAUCAAGGGCCGAGACUACAGGGACAGUUUAGAGCUCCCUCACACAGGAAAGCAUCGAACUGAAGAGGGGCCAGUCAGCAGGACAAGCACACCGUGAAUGCAGCAUGGCAGAUGGCAUCCUGGGAGGAUUCCUAACAGGAAGAAGUAUGAAGAUUACACUUUGUUCACAUUAAUGUCCUCUGGUCUGGAGUUGAGAGGCCUGGGGCUUUUUAUUUUUGAGAGUGUCUCUCUCUUUAUUAUUAUAAAAGUCUUCUAGCUGAGAUAUUUCACGUAAGUUAUUCAGUUCAAGAGGGAGGGCAAUAACAAAUGCAAGGUGAUGAGUCUAACAGUUAGUCUUUUGUAAACAUCUCUUUGGUACUUCUGUUCAGAGGCAGUAGGUUCAAGACAUAUAUUAGUAAUAAUAUGGAGAAGAGGAAGGUACGCUUACAAAGACUAAAACAUGGGCUGGGUGCAUCUAAAGGGUUCUCUGCACACAAGCAAUGAUCUUUAUCUUGAAUUACAACAUUCAAGAGUGAUAAUUAUGAAACAGAGAGACUUUUGAAAGCGGUACAACUCCAGAGCAUUUCAAACUCUGGGGAGGGUGGGGACACCAGCUGAACAGCACACAUUGACAAGCACAUGUACAGUAUAUGAGGAUUUGUCCCUUGGCACUGUAGCUGUUGGCUCUAGCAACCAGUGCUAUUAUUCCACAGUGAAAACCUCAUGGGAAAGGGUGAAAUGGCAGAACUGCAUAUAGAAAUAAAAGAGCAUUAUAUAGGGCCCAUAUGGAGUCUAUAUGCUAUAACUGCCUGAAGGGAAAUUUGUCACUCUAGCCAUUUCUUAUGGCAUUCCCUUGCUUUGAAGGACAUUUGGCUGGUUGUUUUGUAGCAUAAUUAUUAGAUUCAUGCUGACCUUACUUUACUUUUCUUCAUUAACUGAGAAUGGAUGAUGUUAACAUAACUGUAAUUUCUGUAUCCAUGUUAGGUAUUAAUGCAGUGGGUUACACAGAGGCUAUGCCUAUUUCUGACUUAAUCCUUGCUACUGUUUCCAUGUUCAUUAUCAAGAAAUAAAAACUAGACCCAGUUCUAGUAA